CAGUGCGCAUGCGCAGUUUGUCUCCUUCACUUUGUCCUGUAGCAGUUCGUGUCAAAUCUGAAACACUUGACACACUAAAGCUUCUGCUUUUUAUCAUUUUAUUUCUGUCUCAACAACAACAACAGCAGCAGCAUCCUCGAUAUAAUGGCUGUUCCUCCUGCAUACUCAGACCUGGGAAAAGCAGCCAAGGACAUUUUCAGCAAGGGUUACGGUUUUGGGAUUGUUAAAUUGGACCUCAAAACGAAAUCUCAAAAUGGAGUGGAGUUCAACACAUCUGGAUCCACCAACACGGACACGGGAAAAGCCGGUGGGAGUUUGGAGACCAAGUAUAAGAUGAAGGAUCUGGGAUUGAGUUUAAACCAGAAGUGGAACACAGACAACAUGCUCACUACAGAAGUGUCUGUGGAAGACCAGCUCGCACAGGGGUUGAAAUUGGCCCUGGAUACGUCUUUUGUACCAAACACAGGCAAGAGGAGCGGUAAACUGAAGACCGGCUACAAGCGUGACUUGGUCAAUGUGAGCUGCGACAUUGAUUUCGAGGGUCCGGUUGUGCACUCUGCAGCGGUUCUGGGAUACGAAGGCUGGCUCUUGGGCUACCAGAUGGCGUUUGACACGGCCAAAUCCAAACCGGUGCAAAACAACUUCGCUCUGGGAUACAAGGCCGGAGAUUUCCAGCUUCACACCAACGUUAAUGACGGAGCUGAGUUCGGAGGAUCUGUCUAUCAGAAGGUCAGUGAUCAGCUGGAGACGGCCGUCACUUUGACCUGGACUUCAGGCAGCAACAACACACGCUUCGGAGUUGCUGCAAAGUACCAGCUGGAUAAAGAUGCCUCGGUGUCUGCUAAAGUGAACAAUGCCAGUCUGAUUGGAGUUGGUUACACUCAGAGUCUUCGACCCGGUGUGAAACUCACUCUCUCGGCCUUGAUCGACGGAAAAAACUUCAGCACAGGCGGACACAAAGUAGGACUGGGUUUUGAACUGGAAGCGUAGCUGCCGUAGUGCAAAAGACACCGAAGAGAGAGCCGGUCCUCAUGUUGUCCCUCCUACAUCACACACUAGCACUCGAUGACUAAAAACACUUAGCGGCAUGUUGAUGGUUUUUGCAAGUCUGUGGGAGCUGAGUGAUUCAAUCUCAACCGGCCGUAAGACCUGGCCUUCUAAGGGAAAUAUUUGCUGAUCACCUGAUUUAUUUAACGACAGCCGCAUAUUUACGUAGAGCAAACCAAAUUACACAAGUAGCGGUAGAUUUGCAAGAUUGGAGUGUUUCUCUGGUGAUGUCAGUGCAUGUUAAGGACUUGUGUUUGAUUUAUCGCGUCGGUGAGCGAAGGUCUUAAACUUGCAUGGUUGUAGUUAAGGUUAUUUCUCAGGAUGCUGCACUUCUUGGGCUUUAGGCCUCACAGGAAACUGAACAGACAGCAUGCGUAUUUUUAGAGCUUGCAACACUAUCUAUUACACACUCAUUGAUGGUUAGAGAGCAACUCUGUCUUGUGGCAAAAUAUGCCGCUAGCAAACCAUUUCAAAAGUGUACAAAUGAGCUUUUUGUGCAUUGAACUCUUUAUGGGCACAGAUUUGUGUAAUGCGUUGUACAUACCAACUGUUUUUCCAUAUUACUAUUAUAUAUAUCGUUAUUAUAUAUAAUAACUAAUUUUACAGUCUUGGGGAAGUUGGUCUUUGUACCUAAUUUUUCCAGUGGAAAUUGAGGAAUUUUAAUAAACGAAGAAAAAUUGAAUGCUGUUUUGUGUUAUUUAGAGUUGUGCUUGUUUCAUGGACCUGCUUCACAGUACAAGUAUGAGGAAAAAUACAGUACCGUUCAAAUGUCUGGGGUUUGAAAGAUUUAUUUAUUAAAUAAAUUAAUACUUUUAUUCAGCAAGGAUGCAUUAAAUCGAU